AUGGAAAAUGAGGUUAUUGACACUUUAGCGGAGGGAGAAAGGGUCAUUGGCCACUAUGCUGAAAUUUACUUACCCGAUGAUUACUGCGAUUACAAACCGACUGUGGAUAGCGAAGAAGAACAUGAGCCCACAACAUCCAAAGGACCCAUUGUAGAAGCUACAAAAGAUGAAUGGACUUCACCCAGUGACUUGCUGAUCGGUAAAGUGGACCUACUUCCUCCAUUCACCUCUAAAAUAACAAGAGGGUACACCCAUAAAGGAAUACUCGAAAUAGGGGAAGCCGUUUUAGAAAGAGAACGCGCUAAAUUCCUUAAACAUAUAGCUGAAUUACUAUCCUACAAUGAUUCGGCGUGGACUCAUAUACAAGAACAGGAGAAACUGAUUGUUGCACAAAAAGUAAGAGGCAUUUAUGAAAAGAUUUUUGAUAUGAAAAGUACUCAUAUGCAGCAGGAGAUAUCAAAGUUUUACGAGGAAUCUCUUCAAGAACUAGAAGACCAUUUGAAAACAGAGGUUCGAACAGUACUGAUAAGCGCUCAUUGUAAUAUUAUCAACGACCUCAACCAAGAAAUAAAAGAAAAACUACAUAAUGAAAGACAGGUGUUAGAAAAAGUCUUAAGAAAAAAAUUUGAUUGCGAAAUAAGAAAGAUGAAUAAAUAUUACAGACUUCUUCUACAUAAUGAGAAGCAUAGGAGUAACAUGCUGAUAAACCAAGCAAUUCGCGAACGCAACGAAGCCAUGAGGAGCUUUUGUAAACAAGUAGAAAAUGACACGACUACAAGCACGAUGUACGUCAUGUGCACUGAAAGAAAGAAAUGCAGAAUGAGGCAAUUUCUUCUCGAAAACUUUCAUUCCAAAGAAAUAGAAGAAAAAAUAAAAACGAUAAAGGAGCGUCAGGAUGUGUUAGAUGAGUUUGAAAGGAACAAAAAACAUAUUAUGGACAUUAAUAAAGAAUGGGAAGAAAAAGUACAAAAAAUACUUCAGCUAUUCUUAAAAUUCAUAAGUUUCAGUCUGAAAUUGCUACCAGAACAAACUACAUUUUUGCUUGAUCUCGAAAAGCUUGUUGUCUUACAAUUAAAUGAAAUUCACAAACAUCCGAAAGAGAAAGGUCCUUACAUUUUAAUAAACAAUGAUGAUGUAAAAAAUCUAUUUCAAUUCCAACCUCAAAAAGAUGACGAAUCAGUUUGCAAAGGUGAGCCAUUUGUUAUUGAAGGUGACUUGGCGCCAUCUAUUCCCACUCCUUAUGGAAGCAGAGAAACUAUACCUCCUCAUGUAGAUCUACCUAUGGUUAGACUGCAGAGAAAAUUUGUGUAUGCCAAAUGUCAAAGAAUGGAAGAUGUGAAAACGUACCUGGAAGCACAACGUUGUAAAUGUCAUGAUAAGCCGGACGAUGAACAAUCAUUUGUUACUGAUUCGAGGACAAGUACACCUAUGCCGUCACCGACACCGGACGUUACGCCUGUGUCUUCAAAUGAGUUGCUCCUAGUAGAAGAUUUUCAACGUUUGCACCACUGUCCUAAAAGAGGAUGUACAGAUAUGAUAAAUAAGCUUUCAUUUCCUAAUCUUGACGAAUAUGUCGAUUUUAAUGAAGAAAACUUGUUGAGAGUGGAGGCGAUACUCGGUAAACCUGCGGCACUAGAACCAACACCGGAAAUGUUCAAUCCGAAGGAUAUAGUGUUUCGGGACUUGCCUUUUGCAGCCACCAAGGAGAAGCAUCGUGACGCGGAAACACAAUACUACGCAGAUAGUGUAGAGGACUUGAGAGAUGUAAUAGGCUAUCCUUGUCCGUGCACGGGCGAUCUUCCUAUAAAACCUGUAAAGAAACCAAGCAUAGGACCAGAAAUACAGAAGAUUGACGAUAAGGAAUUAAAUAAAAUCCUCGCUGAUCGCAAGAAUUCGUUGAAGAUGAUGCUACAUGCAAACCCGAAACUUUUGAAGUUAUUUAGUGAAGAAAAUUUUGAUUUC